AGCUGCUGACUCUCCGCUGCUCCGGAGUCCAAUGGAGGGACAAUCGAGGGCGAAUUAGGUUGAAAAACGAAGCCGAUUUCCUCGGAAAGGCUUUCAAACCGCACAUUUACCCCGCAGGUCGGAUCUGCGGGCCGGUCUGUCGCGUCAAAAGCUCGCUGAUCUCCGUUAAUAAGCUGCGCUGCUUCUGCGGCCGUUCGGCUCACAAGUGCGUCCUUUACCCCGGACCGGCCCUUCAAAACGCACCAAAGAACAUGAGACAGAUGCAACAAUGACAUCCAGAUUCGGUAAAACCUACAGCCGCAAAGGAGGAGAGGGCACGUCCAAGUUCGACGAGGUUCUGUCCACCAAGAGAGGCACCCUCAGCACCAAAUGGGGCGACACCACCUUCAAAGCCAAAGUGGGCUCCAAGCGCGUCAGCGUUCCCUGGAGCGAGCCCACCGUGGAGGUGUCCAAGCGGCCCCGCCCCUCUGAGGACGGCCUGGAAGACCCGUUCGGGUUCGACAGCGACGACGAGUCCAAGCCGGUGUCGUCCCGCAGCGGCAGCAAGACGUCGCCCGCCAAGCCGGCUUCGGCGGAGCCUCCGCGGGCGGAGAGGCCGGGGGCCGCGCUGGACGCAGGCAGCAGGUCCAGCUGCCAGGGGGGGUCCCGCAGCACGGCGGCCAGUCCCGGGGCAUCGUGGCUGCCCCCGGACAGGAGCCAGACCCGGCUGGUGGAGGACACGGGGCGGUUCUUCAACAACAGCAGCAGCUCCAACGCAGGGAAGUCCAGGCAGAGCCUCUCCCUCGGCUCGGAGAACCAGCACAGCUAUUCGUGGUACCAAAACGCCUCCGAGAGCGACAAGAAGCCCCUGGCCCAGACCACCACCCUGAAGACCGGCUCCAAGGCAGAACCCGCCUACGACGCCUGGGAUGCCAUCGUGGGCCUGCGGCCUCCUUCGCCCACCCAGGAACCCCGUAACCCGGCGCCCACGCUCUCCUGGGCCCUGACGGGGAUGGGCUCGGGCCGCCUGGACCCGGUGCAGACCCGGUAUGAGAAGCCCCCGUCCCCCCUGCAGCACCAGAGUCCCGGCCGCGACGGCGACCUAGCGGGGGAUCCGGACCUCGUGGAGAUGUCGGAUUUCUCCCAGAUAUCCACGUCUUUAUCACUGGAGAGAAACUCUAACUGUCGGACGUACAGGCGGCCCAACAAACAAGGGUCCGCCAAAGCCUCGGACCCGGGCGGCUCGUCCGGCUCCGUGUUCGGCACGGACCUCCCCAAAUCCAGGACAGACGGCAGCAACACCAAAACGGGGGCGGGCCGGGGCCGGGCCCGGGACUACACGGUGCUGCACCCGUCCUCCGUGUCCAUGUGCAACGUCACCAUCCAGACCCGGGCCGCGGAGGAGUACAGCGCCGAGGCGGCGCCCGCCGGCGGCAGCAGCAGCGCCGGGUCUGAUAGUACGACACCGCUUGGGGAGGCGGGGUGGCAGCGGAAGAAGACGGAACCGCAGAAUCCAAGACUCAGGCAGACCCAGACCAAGUCCAAGAAGGACACGAAGCCGGACCUGUUUGGGUUCGACGACACAGAAUCCCGGCAGGAGGACGAGAACUCCGACGGCACCGGCCGACCCUCCAACUACAAGAUCAAGUACUUCGGCUUCGACGACAUGAGCGACAGUGAUGGCGCGGAGGACGACGACGACGGGGGUUCUAAAGAGAGGAGGAGGGCGGAGAAGGCCGCUGUCUCCAUGGUUACCCCGGUGGUGACCAUAGAGGAAGAACUGAGUGACGAUGAUGAUGUACCAGAUCCGUUCGAGAGGCUGGAGACUCGAGAAAAGCUGCUGGUGGAGGAGAGCAACGCAAUGUGGAACGCUGAGAGGCAGCAGGGCCGGAUACGAACAGAUGUGCUGGACUUCUCCGAGGAAGGCCUCAGGGUGGUGGUUGCUGGUCCCCGGAGGCCGCCGCCCAGCAAGGCCACCGAGAAGAACCCAGACACCUUACGGAGGAUCUUCAGCGCACAAAAAAAGUCUCCCACCAAGGCCGUGUACAACGCCAGACACUGGGCGGUGGCUGGAGAAGAGGAACCUCCUCCAGCUUUCUUCUCACGAUCACACGCAGCCCCUGCGUCGGUGGCAGCCGGAGGCCCCAGCAAGGAGCCCCCAAAGCCCCAGAAGGACGACGGUGUGUUCAAAGCUCCUCCUCCUCCUCCCAAAGUCACCAAGUGUGUGACGUUCCCCACCGUGCCGUACCAGGACACCGUCACCGCCCUCAAGUGUCACAAAGAACACAAGGAGUUGUACACCGUCGUCCAGCAUGUGAAGCACUUCAACGACGUGGUGGAGUUCGGAGAAAACCAGGAGUUCACCGACGACUUUGAGUACCUGGCUACCGGCCUGAAGAGCGGACAGCCGCUCAACACCCGAUGCCUUAGCGUGAUCAGCCUGGCCACCCGCUGCGCCAUGCCCAGCUUCAGGAUGCACCUCCGGGCCAGAGGGAAGGUGGCCCAGGUCUUCAAGACGCUGAACGACGCCCCGCAGCACCCGAACCUGGCGCUGUGCACAGCGUCUCUGAUGUACAUCCUGAGUCGAGACCGGCUGAACAUGGACCUGGACCGGUCGUGUCUGGACCUGAUGAUCCGGCUGCUGGAGAUGGACCAGGACCAGGCCGGCGGAGCCGGGCUGGACUCCAGCGCCCAGUUCAGCGCCAGAGAGAUCGCCAAGAUAAAGGAGAAGAUCAGGAAGCUGUGCGACACGGUGCACAACAAGCACCUGGACCUGCAGAACAUAACGACGGGUCACUUAGCCAUGGAGACGCUCCUGUCUCUGACCUCCAAGCGAGCGGGAGACUGGUUCAAGGAGGAGCUGAGGCUGCUGGGAGGACUGGACCACAUCGUAGAUAAAGUGAAGGAGUGUGCCAACAACUUGGACCAGGAGGACGAGAAGGAGAAGCUGGUGUCGUCGUUGUGGGGAGCGGAGAGGUGUUUACGGGUCCUGGAGAGCGUGACGGUCCACAACCCGGAGAACCAGAGCUACCUGAUCGCCUACAAGGACUCGUCGCUCAUCUGCUCUUCUGCAAAGGCGCUGAGGCGGUGUGAGCAGAUGAUCCAGCGCUACAGCCGGACGGUGAACUCUGACGGAGCCGUGGUGGGGAAGGCUGUGGAGGACUGUAUGAGGGCCAUCAUCGGGGUCCUGCUCAACCUGACGCACGACAACGAGUGGGGCAGCACGAAGACCGGGGAGCAGGACGAUCUGAUCGUCACAGCUCUGAACUGCGUCCUCAAGGUCCCUCAGUAUCUGGCUCAGGAGCAGCGCUUCGACAUCCGGGUGCUGGGUCUGGGCCUGCUGAUCAACCUGGUGGAGUACAGCGCCAGGAACCGCUACUGCCUGAUGGAGAUGGAGAUGGAGGGAGGUCAGGGCCCCUGCGACUCCACCGUCCUGCUGAGCCCGCAGCACCCGGACCUGGACCUGGGCAGCACCGGGCCGCUGAGCGCCAUCGCCGCUCUCGUGCAGCUCUUCCUGCAGCGGGAGCGGGCCGCCAUCCUGGCCGAGGCGCAGACUGAUGACCUCAUCAAAGAGGCGCCCAAGCCGGCGGCGGACCAGAGCGGCCAGUGGCAGGAGACGGGCGGGGAGAUCCAGUGGGUCGCCAACGACAACCACACGGAGGCCCCGGCCGACGAAAAGAAGAAAGCGGAGGAGGAGGAGGACGAGGAGCUGGACCUGAACAAAGCUCUGCAGCACGCAGGGAAGCACAUGGAGGACAGCAUCGUGGCCUCGUACACGGCGCUGCUGCUGGGCUGCCUGUGCCAGGGGAGCUCGCUGAACGUGACGACGGUGAGAGAGAACCUGCCAAAAGGAGAUUUCUCCAUCAUGUCGGAGAUGCUGAAGAAGUUCCUGAACUUCAUGAACCUCACGUGUGACGUCGUCACCGGACAGAAGUCCAUCUCCCGGAUCAUCGACUACCUGGAACACUGCUAGAGACGAGCCUGCCCCCCCCCCCCCCCGCCCUCACACACACACACACACACACACACACACACACCUUCAUCGCCGCAUCACCCUCCAGCUGAAGGAACCCUCGGACGUUUCUCCGCGUCUCUUCAUCCACAUACGUUGGCGAGGUCGGCCGGUCCCGUCUCUGAUGGAAGUUACAAUCCCAGUCAGUAUUUAGUUUCCUGAGGUUCAGCUCCCGUCUUCACCUCGCCGCUCCGGGACUCCUGCCUGCGUCCGUCUGAGUCUCCCGUGAGGCGUCACAGCUGCGAAACAACACAACCUCCUCCCCUUUCCACCUCAAAAGGUCCUGAUCUUCAGAGGCGGGACUCCAGGCCGAGUCCGGUUUCCUCCUUCUAAUGACAAAUGUGAGCUUAUCUCUCGUGUUAAAACCCGUUGAUCUGGUGUUGUCGUUGGAGGAACCUGCACACAGACCCGGAUCCAGAGCAGAACUGGGUGUAAUUCACCUUUUCUUCUGGCCACUUUUACAUCUCUGGAGAUGGUUUUAGUUUCAAAAAGCAGAAAUCAGAUUGAUGGAAACAAAGUCUUGCGCUACAGCUUUUAAAUCUUUCUUAAACGUUGCCCUGAGAAAGCCACUAAAGUUAACUUAAAGUUUGAUGUUUCAGAUCUCUGAAACAUUUCAGGCCCAGCACUCAAAUUCAGGAAACGUAACUCACGACUUUAUUCACCCAAAACAUUUUUAUUGUGGUUUUAUCUCAACAUCUUCUACAAACACAAUGGAGCAAAUAUGCAGCCUACAUUUCCCAUCAUGCAAUCCGGCGCCUGAGCCUGCAGGCUUGUUGCAGCUCAUGAGUUAGUCUGCGAGAGGAAAGUCUGUGGAGCAGAAAACACCUUCGCCGGGAGAAAAAAACAACGUUUCAAAAGUUCCAAAAAUAUAAAUAGUUCCUUUUUCUCUGGAAACUGUUCAGUUGCCGUUGACAGGAAAUGAGUUUGUGUUCAUAAUCUUUUAUAAGUGGAUCGUUCGUUAACAAUCCGAGCACGUCCUGAAGAUGGAAGCUGUUCAUCAACACACACUCACACACACACACACUCACACACACACUCUUACAGAAGUUUACAAGAGCUUUAUUCACAGACGUCUGAGAGAAUGGAUGGAAGAGCUUUUUUGUACAUAGUUCCUGUAAAUAGAUUGAUUUCCUCGUUUAGGAGGAGCUUAAUGGGGCCCGGAGUUAAAUGGGGGGAGGGGGGGUAACUUUAAUUUUAGACGUUAGACUCUACUUUUGUGAAUUUUGGCUCUAUUUUUCAUUUUCUAAAGCCUUUCCUCCCAGUCGUGUUGUUUUUAUUUUCCUUUGUUUGGGACAGACGGACAGACGGACGGAGAGCUUCUCAAGCCAACUGCAGGAAAACUUGAUCUUUGUACCAAUUUGCAGACUUGUGUCUUUGGUUACCUGUACAUAAUUUUAAAGUAAUAAAAAUUGCUACUUUCAGUAAUU